UAUGCUUUGCAGUGACUGGACAGCCUGGCAUAUAUGCCUUUUUCCAAAGGGGAAUGAAAUCCUGAAGGCAUGACUUCUCACUAACCAGGAGAAUCUCCAGGAGUAUGUGAACUUCCCAGCCAAAACCACAAAAGCCACCAGCUGGCUACCUACCAGCAUUUGGAUGGAGACAUUACAGUUGACCAGAAUGGCCAGGAACAAGUAACCACCAAUGCCACGGGACAGCCCAGCAGAUGAAUGUCUGCAGAUUACGCUUAACAGUACCACCUGAUGAAAGCUCACAGCCCGAGCAAGUAACAAAGGAACCUGAGAGAAAGAAAAAAGAACUCUACCAUGUACCAAAUGGCAUGUCUCCAGGGAAGCUCUCUCAUGGGAUGGUGUAUGGUGUCGUGCACCGGACUGACAACAACCAUCAGAGAGAAAUGGUGGUUUACGGCUGGUCAGCGGAUCAGCUGAAAGAAGAGAUGAACUACAUUAAAGAAGUGAGAGCAACUCUGGAAAAAGUAAGAAAGAAAAUGUAUGGGGAAUAUGAUGAAAUGAAACGAAAAAUACAACAGCUUACCAAUGAACUGAAAGUGACAAAUGCUCACCAGGAAUCCUUAGAGAAUCAUGUGCGAGUUCAGGCUGCAGCCUUAGAUAGUUUCAGUGAAAUGAACAGCUCCUUGACAUCAGCAUCAAUAGACUUGCAGAAAACGCUAGUGGAUGUUACUUUGGAGAACACUGAUAUAAGGGAACAAAUAAGGAAUUUAAAACACACACAUGAGCAAUCUAUGGAAAAACUAAGAGAGAAACAGAAGCAACUGGAAACAGCACAAAUUGAAAAUCAGUUACUGAAAUUAAAGGUGGAAUCGUCACAAGAAGCCAAUGCUGAAGUCAUGAGGGAAAUGACAAGAAAACUAUAUAGUCAGUAUGAAGAAAAAAUGCGAGAAGAGGAGCAGAAACAUAAAGCUGAGAAAGAAAUCCUCCUAGAGGAAACAAAUCGACUUCUGAAGGCUAUUGAAGAGGCAAAUAAGAAGAUGCAGAUUACAGAAACAAGCAUACAGGAGAAAGACCAGAGAAUUGGUGAGCUGGAUCGGCUGAUUGAACGCAUGGAACAGGAGCGUCACCAGCUGCAAAAACAACUGGAACUAAAUGAAAUACAAAUAUCUGGAGCAAAAUCUGAAAAUAACUCUGACAGUGAGAGGUCACAGCAUCUGGAGGAGGUAGCAGCUAGCCUAAGGGAGCGAAUCAAACAUCUGGAUGAUAUGGUCCACUGCCAACAGAAAAAAGUCAAGCACAUGGUUGAGGAGAUUGAAAUGCUAAGGAAGAAAGUCAAAGAAAAGGAAUUAUUUAUAAUACAGCUUUUAGAAAAGAUCUCUUUCUUAGAAUGUGAGAAUAAAGAAUUACAAGAUAAAUUGGACUACUUAAUGGAAAACCAACCAAAGACCAAUAUAGAAACCAGAGAUACUGGUGUAGGAUGUGAUCUUCCAUCCAGGAAAUUCAUUGGUAGACUUCCGGACAAGGGUAAGAAGAUCUCUGAUUUUGUUGAAAAGCUGACGCUUGCCAUCGCGCAUGAGGAAGAAUCGGCAAGGACAGCGGAGCUGCUCUCGGCUGUCAGGCUGGAGCUCCAGGCGAAGCGGCAGGAGGCUCACAACAGCGAGCCGCAGGCUGCCCUAAAGGAGCACGUACCCUGCCGUGAAGAUUCCUCAGGCUUUAAUGACAAUUCUAGUAUUAAAGAAGUCGCUAAGAUUGCUUCCCAAAGACAGGAGGCAGAAUAUAGUGAGCAGAAUGCCACGAACACAGCUGUUGAUAAUCAGAGGACUCGGAGGGAAAAUGAUGAAAUAAAGACUGCUAUAAAAGAUCAGAAUCUUUCUUGUGAAGUUAGCUCCAAGUCAGCCGCGAGCAGUCAUCUGAAAAGUGAUCAGCAGAUAUCUCAGAUUGAUUCUCAGGAUUAUACAGAAAGUACAGGUGCUCUGGAUAACAGUAAAGACAUGCUGGUUGAUGCCUUUCAAAAAGUUACAAUUGUAGAUGGAGAUAAUAAUGAAAGUGUAUUGGAGAAAGAGCAAAACGUGGCUAAAUAUAAGGGCAAAAUCUUUGGCAGCGUGCAUACCAAGACACCACAUUAUAUUGAAGUUCUAGAGUCUAGAGCCAAGAACCCAAUCAUAAAGAAAAACAAAUUUAAAACAAAUGUAUUAUCAGGAGAGGUAAGUGGAUCAUCACAUGGUUCCUCAUCCAGUCAGUCACCUGGGGGAUUUGGCUCACCCAUUACUACUGAAGAAAGACGACUUAGAGAUAAGAAACAUUUGAAUGACAUCACAGCAGCUCGGCUACCGCCACUUCAUCAUGCCCCUGCUAAGUUACUAUCUAUAGAGGAAUCCAUAGCAAUUCAGAUACAGCAAAAAGAAGCUUACGAGGAAAUGCAAGCCAAACUUGCAGCACAGAAGCUUGCAGAAAGAUUGAAUAUAAAAAUGAUCAGGUUUGAACCAGAAGGAGAGGCCUCAAUGCAAUACAGAGAAGUGAGAGAUGAAGAUUAUCUUUCAGGAGAGGACUGAAUUCAAGAACGGAUGCCUGAAGAUGAGCCACAUAACUGAUCUUUUAUGCAGCACUCCUUAAAACCUCAAACCUGAAUAACGACAAUUCUUGACCUAAUUUCUUAAAACUAUAACAUUACAGCUAUGGGAAGAGUUCAGCAUAAACCUUAUGAAGAUAAGAAUAUAAACUUUAGUGUUAUUUGGAGUCUCUUUUCAGAGCACUUGGGGUGGUUAACCCUUGUGAAAAGCCUAAUAGUUAGUUUUCAGCUUUGGCAGAGGGAGAUUCUUAAUACCUUUUGCACCCUAUGAUGAAUCAUCUACAAGAGAAGGCUUCAUCUAGGAAAAAAUGUCCUUACAAAGGGCAUCAACACACACAUCCGUAAAGUAAGCUAAGGUGCCUGUGAGCUGCUCCAUGGAAACUUCACGUAUGAAAGCUCUUGACUUGUAUGAAUGUGAAGUGGUACUUCUACUGAAGAAUAAUCUAUUUAGGAUUAUCUGGCUUUUACCAUGUGGGGAAAAUGUAUGCAUGGACAGCUAUGAUAACAGCCUAACUUAUCACAUAUUUAAGUUACCUUCUUACGACAUGAGAGCUUGUUUUUGGGCCCAUACUCUAAAAUAACACUUUCUGCCCUUGUGCUGUAAAUAGGUAAGAAUUUCAAGUCACUUUGUAACUCAAAUUCUGUUUGGAAUUUAAGGGACUCUGCUGUUUCAUUCUUGGUGAUUAUUGCAAAGCACAUCAAGAAGUCAGACGAAUCUGAAGACUUUAAUAUUUUUAUUAAAGGCCUUGAUGUUUUUUCAUAUUUUUGUACACUGGUUUCAAACUUUGGAAUACUAUUUUUUCAUAGCCUGAUAAUGUAAAUUAAUUGAGAUCCAUCCUAUGGUUUUCUUGGAGAAAGUAAGUCCUGUAUAUUUUGAAAGUUUUGCUGUUCCUUGAGGAUAAAAUUCUUCCCAACAAUAACAUUUUCUGCUUUUUAUUACAAAUUUUGAAAGAUGAGGAACACAAUUGAAAAAUAUUUCACAAUGAUAUUCCAGUGUUGACUAGGAUUUGAAUCCAGAUUAUGUAUUCCAACCCUAUUAUGAGUUUGUAUUAGUCUUAAAAAACAAACCUCGGAGAUUGCUUAUAUAGGCUGGCAAAACUUGAUUUCUGAGAAGCUGCGGCAGCGUGUGCAAGGCCCUCCCUGGACGAGUACAUCUUCCUGCAGGAAUGGUCUCUCUGGAAACCAAGGGUGUUUCAAAUGAGAGUCAUUCAAAAAGCUGCACAGUAUCAUUCAGAAAUGUGGGAGGAGAGUCUUUCUGCCAUUUUUGAGUGUAUAAAGCAGCUAAUAUCAUCACCAGCACUCUGCUAGCAGACAGUUCUCUUUCCCAAAUGCUCCAUGAACUCUCCCAUGCAGUCCCUGUGGUACAAUCCCUAUCCUGGCAAUGCAGUUUGUGUGGCAUUUUUAGACAAGGCCAUCUGUUACUCAUCUGUGAUGCCUGUCUCCUGUACCCUUUCCCUCUCACUGAUUUCUUGUUCUCAUUAACCGUUGCCUUUUUGUGAGUUGUCUGCUUUUCCCUUCCUCAUAGAUCUUUUUUUCCCCUCUUGCAAGAGCAAAUUCAUGUUCUGCAUCCAUAUACCACCCAUUCCCUACCAUCUCACAAAUUGCUCCCUGUGUCUGCAUUUAACUUCUGUCACCUCUCACGCGUCCUCCCGCCAUUGCUUUUUGCAACUCCAUCUAAAUAUCAGCUGUGCACCUGGACACCUUCUCUGUAAGUUGGUCAUUUGGAUGUCUUGCAGAGACAUGAAUGCUUUUGUGUUUUUUGCUGCAGCUGCCCUCCUUCUGAGGCUUCCCUUUCUCAUUUUCCUAUCUUGGUUUGAGACCUGCUGGUGUUUACUGCUUCCAGCCUUAUAUCUUCCUCCUUCCCACUUUCUUCUAUUUUGGGGUGUGUGUGUGUGUUCCUGCUCCAUCCUCUAAACUUCUCACCAUCAAUUGUCUUUGCCAGUAUUGAUAUUUGGAAAUUUUCAGUCAUUCACGUUCAUCCCUCGGUGUCCAUGUUGAUGACCUGUCUGAUCCCUCAGUUGCAUGUAUUUCUCUCCUCUGUCUCUUCCUUCAGCGCGUGGCUCUGGUUCCACAGGCCAGAGGAGCACUCUUCUAUCCUGUGGACCUCUUGAAUCACAGCUGUCUACACUACUACCCAUUAGUCCAGCUGAGCCUUUCUUUCAGUUUUCCCGUUCGUUCAGCCUGUUGUACUAAUUAAGGUCAGCAGGGCCUGAGAAACAUGUUGGCUUUGUCUUUGCUGUUGCAUGAAGCACAAGUUGUUACCACCUCUAGGCUUGUUUGCUUCUCUCCACCUUGUCGCUGUACUGAUUGUGCUGCCAGAUCUUUUUAAGUUAAUGUGUGUGGAUUUUCCGUGCAGGCUUUCUUGUGCUUAAGGAAUUUUACACAAAGGUAUACAGUUAAGAAUUAGUUUUCCAGAUUACUGAAGGCUAGCUUGACUUAGGCUGCUGCUGGCCACUGUCUCAUCAUGCUAACUAAAACUAUGUUCUUUUUCCUUGUGCUUUCCAGGCUUAUUUUUGCUUUCUAAUCUUCUUGAAGCAGAGGCAUUUUUCUUGAUCUGUGUUUUGACAGCAUUUAGCAUGUUGGGACUUGGGGAAAGUGGAUUCCCUGAAAGGGUGAACUUCCCCCCUUUAAAAAAAAAAAAAAAAAUUGUAGCAACAGGUGACGUGUAUCCCAUUUGUUAUACCAUUAGCAGCUGCUCAGCAAAGUGCUGUGGGACCCUGGUGGAUGGGAGUGCUGUGUGAAUGCAAACCAAAGCUUAAUGUGUAAAUUAUAAGUUGUUGCUGAAGGAGGCGUUCAUGGGGCUCCUUGGUCCCAGCUUCUGAGCAUGGAAAUGUUCGUAUCCCUUUGAAUUAAGAUCUUGAAAGUGAUGAGAAGGCAAAGAGACAUAUUAAGAGAGUCCCAUGAUGACGAGGAUGUGCAAUCCAAAGGUUUGAAAUAGGUUAGAGAAAAAGAGGAUGAAUCCCAGAAUGGUUUAGUCAUACUGAAAUAAGUUUCUGAUCAAGUAUGGCGUUGCUGUUGUGUAUUUUGCAGUUCUCCAGUUCCAGAACAUUUCAAAACAUACCUUGAGAAUUGAGGCGCUUGCUCUGCUUUAUUGGAGUGGGCUAUUAACUCGGUGGCAAAUAAAGAAUUUAAAAUGUGUUUCUAAAGUAA